AUGGUUCAGACCCGCUCCGUCGCGGCGAGAGGCGGCAGCCAGGAUGAAGCCGAGGUCCUGGAUCCCAGCACAAAGUUCCUGUACAGCCCGCACACCCUGACCGUGCUCCUAGCCGCCAUUGUUGGCCUGAUCGCAUGGGCCAGGCCCUUCAAUCCCCCUGACACCCCGUCUGACCCGGCCACCGCUGCUUCGCUGGACUACCAGCAUGCCAAGAAUGGGAUCUGGGCUGUGGUGUACGCCUUUCUGAUCAUUUCUACGGUCCAAGGCCCCGACACCAAGAUGAUCCGCCCCCACCCUGCCUUCUGGCGCUUUGUAUUUGGGCUCGUGACGUGCUACACCCUCUUCAUGGUGUACCUGCUCUUCCAGUCUGCUGAUGGGGCCAGGCAAACCCUCAAGCACCUCUACCCCGAGCUGGGGGUAGAGCUCGAUGAGAGACACUAUGGCACCGACUGCGCCCUCUAUAAACCAGGCCAGGGCAUUAACUGGGAGGUCAUUAACGACACCGUGUUUGAUGAGUUUGUCGUGGCCCACAUCCUUGGAUGGUGGGGCAAGACCCUCAUGCUCCGUGACCGCACGAUGCUCUGGAUCAUCAGCAUUGGGUUUGAGUUGAUGGAGGUCACCUUCCAGCACUGGCUCCCAAACUUCAACGAGUGCUGGUGGGACAGCUGGAUUCUGGACGUAGCCAUCUGCAACAACCUCGGCAUUGCUCUGGGCAUGUGGUCCAUCAGCUACUUUGACAGCAAGGAGUAUGACUGGAGGGGGAUGAGCCAGCAGCCUUCCCUCCUGGCCAAGGCCCGCCGAUCCCUGCUCCAGUUCACGCCCAAGUCCUUUUCAAACCUGAAGUGGCAGGCGUUUGCCAGCCCCAAGCGCUGCCUCCAGUGCCUCUUCCCCAUUGCCGUCUUCCUGCUCUUUGAGGUCAACCACUUCUUCCUCAAGUUUGUGCUGUGGGUCCCCCCCUCCAACCCCCUUAACCCCAUCCGCCUGUUCCUGCUCCUGGGUGUGGGACUCCCUGGCAUGCGGGAGUGUUAUGAGUACAUCGAGGCGUCUGGCUCUCCCCAGGGAGCCGACAUGCUGAAGCUGGGAGCCUUUGCGUGGCUGGGUCUCGCCCUGGCCCUGGUGGAAACCCUGGUCUCCAUCAAGUUUGGCAAGGGCAUGUUCCCGGCACCCUGGCCCACGCACAUCCUGAUCGGGUGGGGCCUGGCGGCCGCCUGCGGCCUCACCCUGUUCACGGUGUGGUCGCUGCGGUACUACUCGAGGCAGCACGCAGGCACAAAGGCCAAGGCGGCCUGA